CUGCGAAACGUAGCAGCUGCGGUGCACGAGAAGGUUGGAAGUUGGUCUGUCUGGAGGUACGCCGACCAACGGCUUUCUCGUUAUCGCAUUGAACCAAAAUACAACAAACAUUACGUUUGGUCGGUCAGUAAGAGCUAACGCACUGAUAUUUAUUUGACUAGUACCGGAAGUAGACGCCGUUUUCAGGCGGAUGUUGUGAUUCUGCUUUGUAGAAGUGGUGGAGGACGGGAAAUAGGAAGAGAGCGUGUUCUGUAUCAUGAGACCGCUACUGCCUCCGCGGUCGUCGCUCGGCUGCCUGCUGACACUUUUCGGUUCAUUAUCUCCUUCUAGAAAUAAAUUAGUAACACAAGCAGCACCUGCAGCUCAUUUUUAUUUGCUAAGAAAAAGCAUGCAUUAUCAAACGGAGGAGAGAGGACGCCUGAAUUCUGCCGACUACCGGAUUUAUUUUAAGAACUCUGAAGGGAAAUACAUUUCACCUUUCCAUGACAUCCCACUUGUAGCAGAAACAAAAGUUGAAAAUGACAUACCUGCAAAAAAAGCAAAGCAUGAUGGAAAUGAGGUGCUGUACAACAUGGUUGUGGAAGUGCCUCGAUGGUCAAAUGCUAAAAUGGAGAUUGCCACAAAGGAACCACUGAAUCCCAUCAAACAAGACGUGAAGAAAGGCAAGGUUCGAUAUGUUGCCAAUAUAUUUCCACACAAAGGUUAUAUAUGGAACUAUGGGGCGCUGCCACAGACAUGGGAAGACCCCACCCACACUGACGGAGAGACCAAGUGUUGUGGUGAUAACGAUCCCAUUGACGUGUGUGACAUUGGCAGCCAGGUGUGUUUGCCCGGUCAGGUGAUCCAAGUCAAAGUUCUUGGCAUCUUAGCCAUGGUUGAUGAAGGAGAAAUGGACUGGAAGGUUAUCGCCAUCAAUGUUAAAGACCCAGACUCGGCGAAACUAAACAAUAUAGAUGAUGUUCGUAAAAGCCGACCAGGUCAUCUGGAGGCAACCGUUGACUGGUUCAGAAAAUAUAAAGUGCCUGAUGGGAAACCUGAAAACCAAUUUGGAUUUAACGGCCAAUUCAAAGACAAGGACUUUGCAGUUGAAAUCAUCAAAUCCACCCACGAACACUGGAGGGCACUAGUGCAGAAGCAGACAAACAGUGAAGGGAUUGAAUGCAAAAACAUCUCUUGCUGUGAAAGUCCUUUGAAAUGCACAGCUGACGAGGCCAGAGAUGUGGUCCUGUUGGCCCCAGCAUAUGGCAGCCCGGUAGCUGUGCCUCCAGAGGUGGACAAGUGGCAUUUUGUCUGAGAGACAGACGGAUUUAUGUUGGGGGAACGCGUUCUCGGAAGCAAAAACAUGAAUAAAAAAAAAUCAAAAUAAUCAUGAAAGUACUAACAAACAACAACACUGAUAAUACUAACACUGAUGGUAUAAUGAUG